UCUGUUUAAUAAAUUAUUAUUAUGUAUUAGAAUAUAUAUAUUAGCAACAUAAAAAAAUCAGACACGUGCAAACGAUUGCUUAAAAUAGAUUACUUAUGAAUAAGUUCUAAAAUGACUGGAAAUUCUGGUUUAGGCCUACAGAUUUGAUAGGGAAGCAACACAAUAAAACAUUAUUGUCAAUCGGUCUUAAUUCAAGGCAUAAUUUAUACCAAAGCCUUAAUUUAUUCUAAUUCGAUUUGGAGCUAAGACAGGAACCAACAACAUUUGUGCCAGAGACUGAAAACAAAUCAAACGUGCGAACUUUGGCCAAGUCAUGCUUACUUAGUUUACGUUAUGGUGGAGAUGAGUAACCAGUUUGAGGUUUCCUCAAAAUGCGAACGCUGCUGUGCAGUUCCAUCGGGAAAGGGAUCGUGAUGAUUGAGAGGUGCCCAUUUAAUAUAAUAAUUGCAGAGUAGAUCCCAGUUAAUUAAAGGAUCCUGACGAGGCGGUGAUUGUUCGCAUGCCAUAAGCGAUUACAAGAGACUGACGCCAGAAAACGUUUCAAUACUUUGUAGAUGGCAAACGACAGCCGACGAAUUCCAAGGUAACUUUUCGAUUAGAUUGAAAGUAACAGCGAAUUGUUUGGACAAAUACUCACGGAACAAUGCCAACGGAAUCCGUUGCGUUGCGUUUCGUUUCGUUUGAGAUAACCAUAAUAACAAAAAGCACAUAUUAUAUUAUGUGUUUGCCUAAAAACGUAAAUCCUGUCAAUAAACUGUUUGUAACAAGUCGGCGCGAGAUCAGCACACACGACAAUGCCAACCGCCACGCACGGGUUUAACGAUCUUUAAAGAUAUAUACAUAUACAUGUUAACAUGAGCAUGAAUGAGUUUAAGCCAAAAAUAACAAAAACAGGAGGGGAGAAGAGGAGGGGAAGUCGUAAAGCCAGCCUAACACCUGCUAAAUGGUUCGCAAAACAGCCCAAAAUUCCGAGCCCGCUUCUCUGAGCUGAACCCUAACCCAAUUGGGAUCUUUGGCCCAGUCACCAACUAACUCUGCCGCAUUUCGUGUGGCGCAGGUGAAAAGUGAGGAAGUGCCGCGUUCUAAUUGAGAUCAACGACUCGCGGCUUUCUGUUUACCGACCUCAUUUUACUUGAUCGGAAUUUAACCUAAAUCGGGUACAACAAUGUUUGAUCUACAAGAUCUAGUUGCUAUAUUUUAAGUAGUGCCUACUGCUAAUAACUGUUUGUGAUCCAACUAAGUUUACUGGUCGCUUUUCAAUCACCGUGUAAUUAUUUAAUCUAACCCAUCGAAAUGUAAUAGACAAACCAGUGCAAUUACUAUAUAUAUUUAAUCUGAUCCAUCCAAGUGUAAUAGACAAUCCCUUUCCAAACGACAGUUCACCUGAUUGACUCAGCCUUUGACAGUUUUCCAAUUAAUAUUAAUGAUCCGGUCAACUUAUAUAAGCGAACAACUGGCAAAGAUCAACCAACUGGCGAUGGCAGUUAUCGACCCGCAACUGUAAAUCACUCUCAGAUGUGCGUGUCGAUUAUAUUAUACUACAAAAUCAUUUAUAAUCAAGGCAUAAAUGAAUAUCUUAAGACAUCCCAUUGGCCAAGUGAAAGCCUAUUGACCGACGAAAUGAUCAAUGAUCGUAUUGGACAGAAUACAAGCUUAACAGUGUUCAUGUAGAAUCUUCAUAACGAAGUUAAAAUUUCUCUUUCUAAGUUAUUUAUAACCUGUACAAAAUUGGGCAAUGCCCAGGCAAAAUGGUUACAAUUAAAAUAAUUAUAGUAACUUAUUUCUUUAAAAUGAACUGAAAUAACCUAAUCACACAAUGGACUCUAAAAAUAUAAUUUAAUUUGACCUGCCGUUUUUUGUUUGCAGAAUAAAUUGCAUUAAAAUGCAAAAAAUUAGCAAGUGUGAAGAAGCCUAAUCAACUAGAGUCGAUAUAGCAUGCCUGAGAUAGCUGCUUGAAUUAGCAUUGAUCCAUUACUCGACCAGUUGUCGCUAUCCCUUUUAUUGACAAUCCGUGGAGUGUUUGCCUGCACUUAGGAGAAUGAAAAUAAAAAAUGGAUGUGCGAGUACAUCUGCCACUGCAAUUGCCGAGAGGGAUUGACCGGCCCGCCGUUUUAACCAGUUGCCAUAGCGGUCGUUCAUCAUGACAGUGACCGCUCUGCUGACGCUUUUGCUGCUGCUGCUGCUGAAUCUGAUGCCUUUGAUUUGUUGGUAGGCUUACCGCUCGCCGCUCGCCGAUCGCCGACGACAGAGACAGAACGCAGCGGGCUUUAUUUAACCAAGCCUCCGUCUAGAAUCUUGCAAUACUUCGGCUCGGAGCUUGUAACGAUUCGGAGGUGUGCGUCGUCCGCUCAGAAAUUAAGCGUUCUUUUAGUGAGCGGCGCGAACGAGCGAUAAAAUUUGGAUCGCGAAUUAAGACGGGAAUUCGAAAAACAACAGAGCACCUUAAAUCGCACUUAAAAGUGGAUUUUAAUUGACGUCUUGUCGUGAAUUGUCGUCGAAUUUUCGGGUUUCGGCCAGUGCGGUUUAUGGGAUCGUUAACGGGAAUGCAUAUAUUAAGCCGGUGGAUGUGGCUGCUGCUUCUCGGCGCAACGGGAACGGCUGUGUCUGCCCAGUACUUUGCCUAUGCUCCCGGGAAGUGCGACGUGUCCAUUUCGGAUGUUAUCCAGGCAAUGCUCAACACCGAGGCGGGCAUCAUCCUUGGACGGCCUCGCCCACCGCAAUCCAAGCUGCUGCAAUACGAUCUCUAUACGCCCCUUAAUCCGGAGGAGCGUCAGUUUCUGCGGCCAGGAGAUGUCAGCAUGCUGAAGAACUCGCACUUCAAUCCCAAGUGGCCAGUGAGGGUAUCAAUUCAUGGCUGGGCUGGGAAGAGCACCUCCUGCUCGAAUGCCGCCAUCAAGGAUGCCUACUUAUCCCGGGGUAAUUACAAUGUUAUAAUUCUGGACUGGAGUCGCCAGGCGUUGGAUAUCAGCUAUCCACGUGUCUCCAAGCAGCUUCCUGCGAUAGCUGCCAAUGUGGCCAAGUUGCUGCGCUUUCUGCACGACAACACAGGAGUUCCCUACGAGCAGAUCUACCUGGUGGGUCACAGUGCCGGGAGUCACAUCUCCGGCUUGGCUGGCAAGUUGCUGAAGCCCCAUCGCUUGGGUGCCAUUAUCGCCUUGGAUCCCGCCGGACUAACUCAACUGAGCCUGGGACCCGAGGAGCGGUUGGAUGUCAACGACGCCCUGUAUGUGGAGUCAAUUCACACGGACGUAACGCUGCUGGGCAAUCCGAGCACCAAGCUCAGCCACGCCUCCUUCUUUGUGAACUGGGGCCGGGGGCAGCCACAUUGUCCCAACGCCACGGCCACGGAAUUCGACUUCGUGUGCGACCACUUCGCGGCCAUGUUCUACUUUGCCGAGUCGGUGCGUCGGCCCGAAUCGUUUGCCGCCUUGCGCUGCAACUCGGCGCAGUCGGUGCUCUCGGCCACCUGCAACUGCAGCGGCGGAGGCAGCCGAAAAGCUGCAGCUCAGCCUCAGACAUGCAGUGGCAACGAGUUCAUGGGCGGUGAGCCGGCGGUGCCCAAGAGGGGUAUCUUCUAUGCCAGCACUCGGCCGCGAUCUCCGUACGGCUCCGCCGAUGGACUGGUCCACGUCCGUCGACCCCGACCGUCUACGUAUCGGGAGACGGCGAACCGGCGAUUUGGAUAGAUCCAAAGCAAGUAAACCGAAUUGCGACAGACCAAAAUGUGAUUUAUCUAGGUGUAUAUAUUAUACUUAAGUGUAGCCUUAAGAGACAUUCCGCCCAAAGAAUGCGAAUAAAGCAAAGAUUAAUUUACAAUUGAUAA